GUAGCCAGAAAACCAGCACAGCUCACGAAUCUAUUUUUCCUUCUCCAUUUCUCACGAGCUGACUCGAUUUCAUUUGCACGUUCCUGAGCCACGCGAUCCUAAUCUGGUAUUGAGCCGAGGCCGAAUUGAUCUCACUGCGGGGCCAAGGGUACAACUGACCUAAGAUUACUAUCCUCCUACAUAAUUUAUUCUUGAGGUCAUCGACAGACAGCUCUUUGUACUCUACCGUCUAUUUCUAUUCCCGUGGUCCAGAAGAGAAAGAAUAAAGAGGAGGCUAUCACGAGAAGCUCUUUCGGAUCUCAUACCCUGCCCUGCAGCCUACCUUACACCAAUCAACAUCAUCCGCAAACAUGGCCGCCAAAACGUACGACGACAUCAAGCUUGAGAUUACCGGCAAGAUUGGUGUCAUCAAAUUCAACCGCCCAAAAUCUCUCAAUGCCUUUGGCGGCAGCUUGAUCGCGGACACGAUUGAUGCGCUACGAUACCUGGACGAGCAUCCGGACACGAUCUUCACAGUCCUGACCGGAGAGGGCCGAUUCUUCUCUGCUGGUGCUGACGUCAAGGCCACGGGCAGCGAAGCGCCAGUCGACUACAAGUACAUCGGCGAGAAGAAGCUAGCAAUGAUAACUCGAUUCGGAUCCGCAAUCGAAAUCCUCCGCAGCAUGAUCGACCACCACAAAGUCCUCAUCCUCGCCCUCAACGGCCCCGCCGUCGGCGCCGGCGCCUGCUGGUUCCCCGGCGUCGCCGACAUCGUCCUCGCCUCACGCACCACCUACCUGCAAUGCCCCUUCAGCGCGCUCGCCCUCGUCCCCGAGAACGGCUCCGCGCUCUCCUUCGCGCAGCACAUCGGUAUCCACCGCGCCAACGACUUCCUCAUGUUCGGCCGCAAGCUCUCCGUCGAGGAAUGCGAGGCCGCGGGGCUCGUCAACUACGUGUUUGAAGAAGCCGGCGACGCGUUCCAGGCGAAGGUGCUGGCGUUCUUGCAGGGCCAGUUGGACGUGAAUGACGGGAAGAGCAUGAUGGAGAUGAAGCGGUUGCAGAAUGCGCCGAUUCGCGAUGCGCGCAUGGUGGCGGUGUAUAAUGCGAUGGAUGCGUUGGCGGAGCGGUUUGUGGAGGACGCGCCGGUGAAGCGGUUUGCGGAGAAGAAGAAGGAGUUGUUGGCGAAGAAGCGGUCCUCGAAGAUAUGAGGGUGGGCAGUGUGUAAGGGGGUGUGAGCUUCUUGGAGCGGUUGAAUUUGGGGGUAUCGGAGCAAUUUAGCCUAGGUAUAUGUAUAUGUAUAUUGAAGGUCUAGAAUCAAAACAUUUAGAAUC